AUGGCCGACUCACUGAACUACAGUGGCAGUGUGCUUAGCGUGGGAUCUGUUCAAGGAGAAAAAGAGAAAAAGAAGCAUCGUCUUUUCAAAAAGCAUCAUGGUAAAGACCUUUUAUCUGCUGCUGCUGCAGUUUCCACCCGGCGCCUCUCUGGAAUGCCAAAUAAUGAUCCAUCGUUGUCUCGGUCAAUGGGCAGCGUUUUUGAUCCGACAAAUCGAGCGAGCCUACAUAUGAAUUCGCAUGAUUAUCCCAACGAGGAUCACGAUGGGAGCAUACUUGGUGCCGGCAGUGACUUGACCAGUAGCGAGUUCUAUUCGGCCGGUUUAAUGCAACGCAUGGGUAGUCAGUCACGCGUCGCGAUCGAUCGAAGUGGAAUGAAUCCAUCGCCUCAAACGCAGAUCUCAGUCCCGGUUGCGGCGAGUCGUCCCAUUUAUAAAUCUCCCGAGCCUUCUCGGCGUAUCUCACCGGUACGGGAGGAUCCAAUGGAACAAGAGCGGACACUGAGUAUGCAAGCUUCGCGUCAACAAACACCGGCUAGUGCGCAAUCAAACACACGACNAAUUGUUGCGAUUGUCACCGAAUUCAUGUCCUACGACAGGUGA